AUUGUGGCGUGGCGGCUAUUUCAAAACGGAUAGUCGUUAAGUCCGUUUCAGCGCCGUCUGCUACGCAUCACAACAACCUGUUAUAUUAGGUGAAAUAAUGCAUUCGAAGGCGUGGAAAGUGUCAGCCAGCGUCCUUUUGGCGCUACGACCAUCUGUUCUGCGCGAUUCAUUGCUUAAAGUGGAAAAUACGAGAGCAAUGCUGAGGAGUGAUCAGAAACAACAAAAUGACCAAGGUGGUGGCUUUCAUAUUCUAACGCUUCGUAGAGGAGAGACUGACAAACAUCUGCCUGGGAUUCAUGUAUUUCCGGGAGGACAUUUGGAUGAAGCUGACACUAGUCCUGCUUGGAUUGAUCUGUUCAGAUCUUUAGGCUAUGAAGAAAAGAGCUUCAUGAGCUUGUCGACUGGAGGCUCAAUCGAGCAUUCACCAGAGUACAAAGAAGUCGAUGGUGGUCACUUGCCUGGAUGGAUGUCCCUUCGACUGUGCGCAAUUAGAGAAACCUUCGAAGAGAGUGGAAUUCUGCUAUGCCGUAGUGCUGGCAGCAUAGAGCAAGGAAUUGGCUUUACUUCUUUUUUUAUUCUAAAUGAGCUUGAAGCUUGGCAAAAGAGAGUGAGAGCAGAUCCCCGUCAAAUGAUAGCUCUUUGUGAGUCUGCAGAAUGUGUGCCUGACUUGUGGGGGCUCCAUUUGUGGAGCAAUUGGCUAACACCCACUCAACAACGAAUUCGUCAUAAUUCAGUAUUUUUCCUAUCAGUGCUACAAUCUUUACCACCCUAUUCUUUAGAUAGUUCAGAAAUGGAUGAGUUAAAGUGCUGCAGUCCACUUGAUCUCAUCAUUGGUGCUCAAUCUGGAAAAUUACGCCUGGCCAAUCCUCAAUUCUAUGAGGCUGCAAGGCUAUCUAACUUUUCGAAUGCAGAGUCCCUUAUUUCUUUUGCCUCCAAUCGAGCCCAGCUUGGAUGCUGCCGCACAAUGCCAGUCCAAGAAAGGGCAAAGGAUGGGAUGCUUUUUCUUCUGCCAGGAGACUCCGCAUAUCCUAAAACUGUGGACUAUGAAACGUCUGGACAGCUGACUAAACGAGAGGAAUCAUUAGAAGAACUUCGCAAUGAUGUAAUGAAAAGUGGAGGAACUUUGCACAGGACUGAGGUACCAACUGGCAGCCCAAGUCAGAGAGUCAUUGUUCAUAACUAUGUUCCUCCUUACGAACACAUUUCACCACCUCAUUUCAACAACAGGAGGAAGGAAAUUUUGAGUACACUGUAGAACUAUUUUGUCAUCUAACUUAGAUCCUUUUUCUAAAAAAAACUGCACGAGUGGCAGUUUUGAAAUACUGAAACAAAAUUAAAUGUAUUUAUAUUUUUUAUAGUACGUAUAUAUAUAUGCCUGUGAUAACAGUUAUAACAGAAAUAAAGUUGUUUUAGUUAAGUCAA